GGGAUCUGGUUCUGCAGAAGGAACUGGCGGGGGAUUUACUGUCGCCGACAACAGCCUUGCUCGCCAUACGAACUCCAUUGCUAGCUUGGAAGCCCAAAUGAAAGAAUUAUCCAGGAAAGUCGAACAGCUCUCAGAAAAGGCUGUUUAUGGGGUUAUGGUCGAAACCAGACAGUGGAGUACGAUAGAAGUUCGACCGUGGACUCGGCCUGAAUCAUCAACAAAGGCACGAAUAAGAUUCUCAAAGAAAUUUCAGUCUGUGCCGGCGGUCACUGCGAGCAUAUGUGCCGCAGAUGUGUCACGAGACCAAAACUUCAGGGUUAAGGUCUACGGUACGGAUGUUGACGUCGAGGGGUUCACCAUUCAUGCUGACAGUUGGGGAAAUACGAUUCUUUAUUCUUGUGGGGUUAUGUGGACUGCGAUUGGAAGAUGAUGAACACUCUAUGCCUAAGAUUUCUCAGGUUAUUAUAUCAUUUUUUUUUUCAAAUUCGUUUUCAAAUCAUUAAAUGUUUUUGGUCUCUUUUUA